AUGAAUCACAUGGACCACACCAUGGGUAUGACCAUGAGCAUGAGCUCGACAGGAACCGCCACAGCCCCUAUGAGCACAGGAACCUCAAUGGAUAUGGACAUGGACAUGGGCGGAAUGUCUCAUGAUAUGGGAGGGAGUUGUCAGAUAUCCAUGCUCUGGAACUGGAAUACUAUUGACGCUUGCUUCCUCUCCUCCUCCUGGCAAAUAACCUCCAAGGGCAUGUUCGCUGGUUCCUGCAUCGGCGUGAUCGUCCUCGUCAUGAGCCUUGAAUUCCUCCGUCGUGUAGGCCGCGAAUACGACGCAUUCAUAAUCCGACGAGCGAGACUGAGAAAUCAAUAUCUUGACCCCGUCAACACUACUUCUGCUGUUAGCAGUGCUAGCGGUAAAGGCCCAGGUGUAGGUAUAGACACACGGGGAGAGACAGGGGAAGGAUCAUGCUGUGCGCCAGACACAAACACCACCGCAGCAACCACUCCCAAGAACUCAUACACAAGUCAACCAUGUCAAGAAACCGGAUUCCGCCCCUCCCCAAUCGAACAAACCAUCCGCGCCCUCCUCCACAUGGUGCAGUUCGCUGUGGCCUACUUCGUGAUGCUUCUGGCGAUGUAUUUCAAUGGAUACAUCAUCAUCUGUAUUUUCAUCGGAGCGUUUCUGGGCGCGAUGGUGUUUUCGUGGGAGGUUAUUGGUGGGAGUAAUAAUAGGUUUGAGAAUGAUGCGACGGCGGUUACGAAGUGUUGUGGGUGA